AUGUAUAGUGCUUCUGCCUCCCAAUCCCCUCCUCUUCCUUUCCACCUCCUCUUCUUCCUCCUCACCCUCCUCCUCCUCCUCGGAGUCUCCUGGUACACCAGCUACGAGGCGAUCCUCGAGGGCGUGUUCUAUCAGCUCAAGUUCCUGCUCGUCGUCUCGCCUUUGCUGUUGCUAAUCGUACUUCACUGGCUCUCCUCGGAUGGGCUCUCUUUCUUGGUUCCAUUUCCGGAGAAGGAGUCGCUCCAUCGGGCUGGCGGAUCGCCUUGGGGUGUUGGUUUCCUCCUCCUCCUCCUUAUUCUCAUGAUUUCCUAUCAGUCCUACUUCCAAGAUAGUUGGUUUCCUCUGUCAAGUCGUUGA